AUGGCGUAUUAUGAUGAAUCAGAAGAAUUAUCUCAAAGAGAAAUUGAAGAAUUAAUAGAAGAUGUCUUUGGGUUUCUGCCUGAAGAAAUUGCAGAUACAUUGACUGAAGAACAAGUUGAAGUUGCACUAGAAAAGAAUGGUUAUGAUGUUAAACGUACUAUUGCCUCAUUUAAAAAGAAAACAACAAAAACAAAGAUUAUGGAUAAACAACCACCAAAAAUGAAAACACCAAUCCCAAUUACUAAGUCUCCUCUUCCAAAAAAUAAACCAACUACUCAUAAGACUCCAAGUCCACUUCCAUCUCCACAUUCAAUGCCAACAGUCCAACAUUCUCAAAAAAGACAUUCAGAAAUCAUCAACAAAGUAAAAGAAAUGCACAAAACAAAUCAAACACCAUUAACUGUUAUUUUUUGUGGUCAUGUAGACUCAGGUAAGUCAACAACAGUUGGUCAUAUUUUACAAGAACUUGGAGGUGUUACUCAUUCACAAAUUGAAAAAAACAAAAAAGAAUGUGGAGAAAAAGGAAAGAAGUCAUUUGAAUAUGCAUGGGUUAUGGAUACUGAUGAUGAAGAAAGAAAUAGAGGAAUUACUAUAUCUGUUGGAGCUGUUGAAUUCCAAUAUAAUCAUAAAAAUAUUAGAAUAUUAGAUGCACCUGGACAUACAGAUUUUCUUAUGAAAACUAUUGAUGCAAUGAAUGAAGCAGAUGUAGCUGUUGUUGUUGUAGAUGUUGAUAAACAUAAUUUAAAAUGUACGUAUGAAGGAACAUUUUUAGAUAUUGUUUCAACAUUAGCAUAUUCAACUGUAUCAAAAAUUAUUGUUGCUAUUAACAAAAUGGAUUCUGUGAAAUGGAGUGAAUCAAAAUAUAAAAGUGUUGUUAGUGUUGCUGAAGAAUUAUUAAAAGAAUAUAACCUUGAUAAUAUAAAUAUACGAUAUAUUCCUAUUAGUGGACUUUCAGGAGAGAAUUUAAUAAAACCAACAACUUCCUGUAAAUGGUGUCAAGAAAGUUUACUUUCAGUAAUUUCUGAAGAAAGUGCACAAUUUCAUGACAUUGAAAAACCAUUAAGAUUUAUUUGUAAUGAUUCUUAUAAACAAGGCAAUGGAAGUGUUAUUACUGGAAUCAUUUCUUCUGGUGUUAUUGGAGAGAAAGAUGAUGUUAUUAUUUACCCAACUCAAACUCAUGGAGUAAUAAAAAAAAUCAAAAAAGGAAAUCAAAUUAUUGAUUGUGCUGGUGCAGGAGAUAUUGUUGAAAUACAAGUUGAUGGAACUAAUCUUAACAUAAUGAAAGGAUAUGUUAUUGGAUCACCAGCUGAACCACCAAUAUAUUAUAAAAAGUUUCAUGCAACUGUUGAUUUGAAUUGUAGAGAUUUAAUUAUUAGAAGAGGAACUUUAAUGUCAUUUUAUUGUUCAACUGGUUCUUCACCCUGUGUUUUUGCACGAAUCUUCUUCUCAGGAAUACAAGAUGUUAAAGUUAGACCAAAAAAAUUAAAAGACAUAAUUCAAGCUAAUGUAGAGAUCAUUCUUCAAAAACCAUUAUGUGUUGAUACUCGUGUGAAUAAUGAUGCAUUUAGUCAUUUCUUCUUAAGAUGUAAUAAAAUAACUAUUGGUAAAGGAGUUAUUACAGAAUUACGAGGUUAA